AUGAGUACUAGUCGCGUUGAGGAACCGUCCAAACCAACCGAGUCGGCCGACCGUAACAUGGUGACAGCUGGUGGCGGUUCGACGCUCAAGAUGGACGACGCGGAUAGCAAAUCCGAAGCGGCUAGCAGUACCAUGGGAGCACUCUUAAAGGAUGAAGAGUCCUACAAGAAAGAGCUCACGAAAAGGAGAGUCCUACGAGGCAGAUUGAGAGGCAAAAUUCAGAAGGUCCAAGCGGCGAUGGAAUGCAUCAUCGUACCAGAGGACCAGGAAACCACUGAAGAGCUGGCGACAUUAGAGAUACAGGAGAGUCUUCUGCACGAUCAACUUCGGAGAGCAGAGAAAGAUAUCGCAGAGUUACAGGAGCUGAGACAAGGAGUGGUGUCCGAAUUGGGGAAGGAAGAGCACCGCUCUAGGGCAUCGCGAUCGGUUUUUUCUUAUGACGCUCGUGAUGGUACUUCUACUUCGGAGGUCUACUUACCUACGGUAUCAGGAAAGGAGAAGUUUCAUCAGUCCGAAGACGAGAUCAAACCAAGAACUGAGAAUGCGGACCACAAGGACAACUGCGGAACGAGAGACUCAAGGACAGUCCCAGCUAUUCAAAGGGCACUGAUGCACGGUUACUGUUCAAAGUACGUGAUGAUAUCCGGAUUCCGGAUGGCAUGUGUGGGAAAACUACUUACCACUCUUCCGUCGGGAGCAGUGAGGGACUGUGCGAAAAGAGCGGCUCAGAGAUCCAAGUAUUGUUGGGAGAGAAUCAAAGAUCAGCUACGUUGUCGAUUUUGUAAGAGAACGGCGAUAAUUGGGAACAUCCGAGAGUCACUAGCAAAGCUCAGCUAUGGGGGUCCUGGUAAAGUAGAUCAGUUCUUGGACUCGGCUGAGACGAUUGUACUUCGGUGUCAUAAGGCGUAUAAGGAUAAGAGUGAGAUGUUCAGGGUGGUCAGAGCGAUAGUGAAUACCUUGCCAAGUGGAGUAGCGGAGAAAGUGAUCUCGGAAGUGAAGAGGGAGGCGAGGUCACAGCGUGGCUCUUACAGAGACGUCAGUGAGGAGGAUUGGGAGACACUUUUACCUUUCUCUCUGGAGGUGGGAGAUGUGAUUACGGACGGUAUCACAGUGGUGGACAUCAUCAGAGAUGUCAGCAGGACCUCUGAGGACACCACCAGGAGAGAGACGGACAAGGUGGCGCUAAUAGCUCAGCCGACGAGUCAGCAGGGGGUUGGGAUGGCGGUAUCACAAGGAUCGGGUAGUGCAACUUCUCCACAUCCCCCAAAGCAGUCACUGGAGUCAUGGGCAAAAGGUUUCAAAGCUUCGUUCGUUGUCACAGUCAAGGAGUGGAACGAACAGGAGAUAAAGAAGACUUUCCAACCAGAUGACUGGAGACCUUUGCGUAGUAGAGGAAAAGGCCAGGGGCAGAAAGUCGGAAAGGUCAAGGGCAAGGCGUUGAUGGCCAAAGUCGCAGGGGAUGACCAACUGAAGCAGAAGUUCAGGAUAAAGGAGGUAGCCAAGGGGAAGGCUUUCCUGCUCUAG